GAUCACUAAACAAUCUAUAAUGAAAUUUACUCCAUUCUACCUAAUAUAUAGUCAGGAAGCUAAUUACUCUGAUAUUACUCCCAUACUAGAGAUAACAGAAAAUUUUGCUAAUCAGUUAACAAUCAUCGUAGAGGAACUUCCAA